AGUUUCCAGUCCUUUGAGAUUUGAUUUUUCAAUGGAGAGCGAGAGCAAUCUGAAGACGUGGGUCUCCGACAAGGUAAUGACCCUGCUCGGAUAUUCUCAACCCAUAAUUGUUCAGCACAUCAUCGCUGUUACAAAACAAGCAACCUCGCCGGCCAGCGUGGUCGAGAUGCUAGUCGAAUCUGGUUGGUCCUCCACCACCGAAACGGCGUCGUUCGCCCAAGAAAUCUUCGCCAAAGUUCCUCAUAAAGCAUCUGUUCUUGACCAAAACAUAAAAAAACCUAGGGUUUUCCGUCGUAAAAGGUAUGAUCUUGUGGACGAUGAUGAAGAAAAACAAGAACCAGAGCAAGAAGAGAGAAGGGUGAAAAGACGAACUUGCCCUGAAGAUGAGGAAGAGGAAGAUCAGAGAGCGAGGGAGCAACUGGAGAGGAAUUUAAAGGACAAGGACAAAGCAGCCACAAGAAAACUGACAGAGCCAAACCCUAAUCGGAGAAGAUCGUCGAGGAAUGCUGAUCAUGACAUUGAACGCUUGCGAACACUUUCGAGGGAAGGGUACGUGAAGAAAAGGGAGAAACAAAUAUUGGAGGGGAUUAGAGCCAAGAUAGAAGAUGAGAAGAAGUUAUUCAAACAUGAAAAGCUAACUCAAGCAGAGAAAAGCAGAAACAAAUACAUGGAGGACAUAUGCAAUGUUGUGAAGAAGUAUGAAGCUGUGGAUGAUGAUGUCGAAGUCUACCGGAUUCCAGAAGCCUAUGAUGACAUGGAGAGUGGUGUUAAUCAGAAGAAGAGAUAUUCUGUGGCGUCGCAGCGAUACAAGGAUGGAGAAGUGAAGAAGGUUGGUGCACAUGCAGAGCAGGUAGGUUGGGAGGAUCACCAAAUUGGAAAGGCAAGGGUUAGUUUUGGUUCAAAGAAUAAAAGGAGAGAAGGUGAUGAGUAUGAGUUUGUGUUUGAAACAGAUAUGGUUGAGUUUGUCAAGGGGUCAAUGGGGUCAGGGAUUAAGAGAGAUGAUCAGUUUGAUGAUGAUGAUGAUAUGGAAAUAAAGAGUAAUCAGUUAUUUGAAUUGAGAGCAAAAACAGCCAUGGAGAAGCUCCAGGAGGAGAGGAGAGCAUUACCUAUGUACAAAAUGCGCCAAGAGUUUCUCAAAGAUGUCAAAGAACAUCAAAUUGUUAUUAUUGUUGGCCAAACCGGUUCAGGGAAAACUACACAGAUACCACAGUUUCUGCAUGAGGCAGGGUACACAAAGGGUGGGAAGAAGAUUGGGUGCACACAGCCACGGCGCGUUGCAGCAAUGAGUGUUGCUGCCAGGGUUUCUCAAGAAAUGGGUGUCAAGCUUGGGCAUGAGGUAGGUUACUCUAUUCGUUUCGAGGAUUGCACCUCUGAGAAGACUGUUGUGAAGUACAUGACAGAUGGCAUGUUGUUGAGGGAGUUCCUUGUUGAGCCAGAUUUAGCAAGCUAUAGUGUGCUGAUGGUGGACGAGGCACACGAGAGAACUCUCUCGACUGAUAUUCUAUUUGGAUUGGUGAAGGACAUUGCCCGGUUUAGACCUGACCUGAAACUCCUUAUCUCUAGUGCUACUCUUGAUGCUGAGAAAUUCAGUGCUUAUUUUGAUUCAGCUCCAAUUUUUAUAGUCCCAGGAAAGCUUCAUGAUGUUGAUGUCUUCUACACAAAAGCACCAGAAGCUGAUUACUUGGAUGCAGCAAUUGUCAGUACACUUCAAAUCCAUGUGACAGAACCCCCUGGAGAUAUAUUGGUGUUCCUUACUGGACAAGAAGAAAUUGAAACCAUGAACGAAAUAUUGAAGCACAGGACAAGGGGUCUAGGGACAAAAAUUGCUGAGCUGAUUAUCUGUCCCAUAUAUGCAAACUUGCCUAGUGAGCUGCAGGCCAAGAUUUUCGAGCCUACUCCUGAAGGGGCUCGGAAAGUUGUCCUUGCCACAAACAUUGCUGAAACUUCUCUGACUAUCGAUGGGAUCAAAUAUGUCAUUGACCCUGGUUAUUGCAAGAUGAAGUCCUACAAUCCGAGGAGUGGGAUGGAGUCAUUGCAAGUCACUCCCAUCUCAAAGGCGUCGGCAAUUCAGAGGGCGGGUAGGUCUGGUCGAACUGGCCCUGAGCCUUGGGAUCAAUGACUUGCUGCACUUUGAUUUUAUGGAUCCUCCACCUGCUGAAGCACUGAUAAAAGCCUUAGAACUGUUGUUUGCACUAGGGGCACUAAAUAGUGUUGGUGAGCUUACCAAGAUUGGUAGACAGAUGGCUGAGUUUCCUG